AUGCCUAAAACUAUGACUAUAGAUUUCGAUACGAAAUCUUCGGUUGGGAAGAAGUCGGGGAGUGUGAGUGAGGUGUCAGGAAGAAUACCACUACAUUUUGCUGUCCACAAGCCUGGUUGUCAACUGGAGAGUUGUUGUGGGAUCUGCAACUUGUUCCCAGGAGUCCUAUUGGUCGCCUUCUGCCAAGUGCUGGUUGGGUCUGUACUUCUGACUCUAAUUUUGACCCACGAGAAACAGUAUGAUGAUAUGCAUCAGACCCCGGAUACUAGGUAUAUGAGUAUGGCGACGGGUGCUAUACUUAGCGGCAUGACCGGAGCUGGGUUGCUGCUUAUUGUCGUGGCACUCACCGAGAACUGCCGAGCUAUGCUGGUAUACCUGUUGGUAGCAACAAUUGUAUGGAUCGGUAUAUUUUCCCUGGCCGUUGCUAAAAUAAGUCGCGCUUGCAUCAGGUUUAAUGACGCUCCAAAGAUAAAGGAUGAACAGCAUCGACUAGCGAACCUUGCAUGUGUCAGUGGAUUAUUUACGUUUUUAGGAGCUGUGGCUUAUUUCUUCUCAUUUCUGGUGGUAUUCAGUUUCUACCACUUCCGGUACGUGCGUCGCGCCAUUUUACUUCACGAAGCCGAAUGCGACUGA